AUGUUCGAGAAGGAGAAGCCUGCUCUGCUCACGCCCGUCGAGCAAGAAGCCAAGGUGAAGGAGCUGCGCGCAUCGCUCGGUCCGCUCCCCAAGCGCGCGCUGAUAUUCUGCUCCGACGCGUGUCUGCGCCGAUACCUGCGCGCGCGCAACUGGCACGUGCAGCGCGCCGAGCGCAUGCUGCGCGACACGCUCAAGUGGCGCGACCAGUGCCGCCCGGAGGAGAUCCGAUGGGCGGACGUGGCGGAGGAGGGCGCGACUGGAAAGGUGUACCGAACGGCAUUCCAGGACAAACACGGCCGCCCAGUCGUGGUGCUCUCUGCCGGCCAGCAGAACACCAAUAACCACGCGGGACAGAGCCACUACCCGGAGAGGCUCGGUGCUGCUGUCAUCUACAACCCGCCCGCCGUCUUUGAGGCCUUCUGGAAGGUGAUCCGGCCCUUCAUAGACCCGGUGACAUUCAACAAGAUUCUCUUUGUCAACCCAUCCAAGCCUGACACGGUGAAGAAGCUCGAGGGAAUCUUCGACCUCGACCGACUUGAGGAGGCGUUUGGGGGGCGGUCCACGUGGACCUAUGACCAUGUGACAUAUGGCGAGAUGAUGGCACGGGAUGAUGAGAAGAUGGCAGAGUACUGGGGGAUUGUUGAGGGGGAGCGAUUGGUGCAGCAGCAGGAGAUUGUGGGGGAUGAGAGAGUGGAUGGUGUUUACAGCACCCAGGGCAGCGAGGAAAUCCAAGCACAUGCGCAAACGAAUGGAGUGCUCACAAAUCUCCAUAAGAUGAGCCUCAACAGGUUCAUCAAGCGACCAACGUGGCCUCAAUAA